UUUUGGUCACCACAAACUUUGUAGAAAUACUUUAGAAUAUAAUAUUCUGUAUUUAUUUCACGAGGCGAACAAAUGAACUUGUAUUUUGAACGAUCAUGAAAAUUAGGAAAAUAAAAUUAAUUAGAUAAUUUUUUUUGUGACAGUCCAUUCAUAUAUCUUAUAAAAAAUGCUAAAAUAGAGUAGUUACAUAUUUAAGAUAUUAAAAUAAUUUUAUGAUUAAGUAUUCCGCGACGAACUAUGCCUCUAGUUUUAAUAUGUGGAUUUCCUUGCUCUGGAAAAACAAAAAUAGCUCAUGAAAUAAAAGAAUACUUGGAAAAUGAACAAAAAAAGAAAGUCAUUGUUGUAAGUGAAAAUGAUCUAGUUGCUGAAAAGAGAAAUGAAAUUUAUUCAGAUUUCACAAAAGAAAAAGAAAUUCGAUCAGCUCUUAAGGCAAAAGUUGAGCAACUUUUGACUAGAGAUUGUGUUAUCAUUUUAGAUGGCCUAAAUUAUAUAAAAGGUUUUCGAUAUGAACUUUAUUGUAUAGUUAAAUCUCAAAAAACACUACAUGCUGUUGUUCAGUCUGGAUAUUCUAAAGAUUUAUGCAAAAAGUGGAAUGCUAGUGUUAGUGCAUUAAAUCAGUAUGAUGAAAAUGUGUUUAAUGAGUUGAUUCAACGCUUUGAAGAGCCAGACAGUCGUAACAGAUGGGACUCUCCUUUAUUUAUAUGCUCAACAGAAAUAAAACUUCAGAUGAGUGAAAUAUACAAUUCACUGUUUGAUCGUGUUGUUCCACCACCAAAUCAAUCAACAAUAUCACAACCAAAGAGUAGUGGAAGUUUUAUGCAUACUCUUGACCAGACUACUCAGAAUAUUAUUCUAGAAAUUUUAGACAUUCAAAAAACAGCAUUUAUUGGUGAUAGUAUAAAACUUAAAGAAUGCGAUGAAAAAGUUGUUUUAAUGAAAAAAUAUACAAUGAGUGAUUUAAGAAGAGUAAAACAGCAGUUUAUAAAUUAUACAAAAAUGCAUCCUAUAGAAGAUGUUGCAAAACUUAGAAAAAUGUUUAUACUGUUUAUAAACAAUAGUGUUAACUAAUAAAUUUUUAAAUUAAAAAAAAUGACUUUUAUAAAUAAUGACAGAACUUAGUUGUUUUUUUCUUUUAUUUGUUUUUUUUUUUUUCUUUUUCCUUUUUUUCUUAAGUUUAAUUUCCAUGGCUCCACAUUUGUUUGGUUUCAUUUGCUUGGUUUUCUCAUUUAUAUGAGAAAAUUUGCAUUAUUUGGAUAAUUAUGGAUGAGUUUAAAAAAAUUUUUGAGAUAAGUUUUUUAUUAUGGCACCACUACUAUGAUGACCAUCCAAGGUUUUUGAGCUCCUCAUAAUCUUAUCAACAUUUAAACUGUGAUUUUUAUAUCAGAGUUUUUUUUUUCUCAAGUAGUGUUUAGCACAGUUAAAAAAAAUGACUUAUGUACCUCUUACUUGACCCAAAAUAAAGCCUAAAAAAUA